AUGGAUACACUUACAUACUUACCCCUGAGACCAUGGUUUGCCGUUCCUGCAAUCCUUACUAUUGGCGUCUUAUUAUUCAGACGAUUUCAAUUACUAUUCCAGCUGCGUCACAUCAAAGGGCCUUUGCUGUGGCGACUGUCUGGGAUACCACAUUCCUUGGCUUUGCUGAGUGGAGAUUGCCACAACUUGUAUGCCGAGCUUCAUCGGAAGUAUGGAGAGAUCGUGAUUGUCUCCCCAUCGAUGAUAAUAACGUCUUCUCCAGAUCUGUGGGCUCGUUCGAAUACAUUCCCUGGAUAUAAAAAGUCUCAGUGGUUCUACCGUGCUGUGAGAUUCGAUUGGCGCGAAGACAAUCUCUUCACCCAAACAGACACCGAAAAGCAUGACCAGAGGCGGAAGCAGAUGAUACGAGGUUACUCUGGCGUCGAGAAUCUAACCUUGGAGGCCGAUGUUGAGGCUUGCGUCGUCAAGCUGCUCAAUCUCAUCAGGACCAGGUAUGCCGGCCAGAGAAAAGCCAUGGACUUGGCGCAGAAGACGCAUUUCUUCACCAUUGAUGUUAUUAGCAUGAUCGGUUUCGGUAAAUGCUACAAUCUCCUCGACGAAGACGACGACCCAGACGAGUUUCGCAAAUCCCUCCACCACGGCCUCGUGGGGACUCACAGACAAGUAGCUCUGGGGACUUGGUGGAUGAACUGGAUCCCUUUCCUUGGAUCAAAGCCAAAACUAGACAUCGAUAGUAAUACGGGAUUCUGCAAGAUGUUGGCGCUGAACCAGUCUAUGGUAGAGGCUAGAGAGAAAGAAUUUCAUGAACAAAAAAGCCUCGGCUCGGUGCCUAGGCAAGACAUGCUGACGUCGUUCAUGAAGAGAGGCCUACUAGGGGAUGAACUGAAGACAGAAAACUUGCUGCAGGUCGUAGCAGGCUCGGACACAACCUCAGGAGCCUUCAACGGGAUCCUGUUAUUCAUGUUGACGAACCCGCCAUGUUACAAGGCACUCCAGGCAGAGAUUGACGACGCAGUGGCAUCCGGGAAAGCACCGAGGGCACCCGAAGUGAUCACAUGGGCGCAGGCUAAGGCCCUCGAGUACCUUCAGGCUGUCAUCAUGGAAGGAUUUCGAAUGUUCCCUCCGGUGAACAAUCAAAACUCUCGAGAUGUUCCUCCAGGGGGAGACACUGUGACUAUUGAGGGCGAGGAAGUGUUCCUGCCACAUGGUCUCAAAGUCAUACCUUCAUAUGUCGCGAUGCAUAGGAACAAGAAUGUGUAUGGCGAUGUCGAUGUCGAUGUCUUUCGCCCUGAGCGCUGGCUUGAGGAGGCGGAUGAAACAAAACGUCGGUUGGCAGCAAUGAAGCACGAGGUCAAUCUGGGGUUUGGACAUGGACGUUGGCUAUGUCUCGGUAAGGCCAUCGCAAUGCGUGAAUUGAGUAUUGUACUGUUCGAGCUAUUUCGACACUUUGACUGGAAACUAGUCAACCCUGAGAAGCCAUGGAAGCAUAAGGUCUUGAUGGGACUGCGUAUGUUAUCCCUAAUCUCCUGA